AUGAUUCAAUUUCUUACUAGAACUUCAGCAGAUUAUCAAUAUAUUUUACAACAAUCACGAAAUAUUGUCAAUGUAAUUUAUCAAUCAAUACAAUCAUCUAUUAGUGCAGCAGCUGAUUUUCGAAUAAUGACAACUGAUGAACAAUGUUCUCUUGUUCAACGUAAUAUGCAUGGUAUUUGGGCAUUUUAUUCUAUGGUUAUAUGUCACCAAUGUAAAAUGUUUGAUAGUGUAGAAAGUAAAAAUAUUAUGACACCACUUUAUGGAUCUGAUAGUGUUGAAUAUGUUAGAUCCAUUACUGUACGACUUGAUCCUGAUUUAACACUUGUUAAACUUAUACUUAUGGUUUUAAGUUUUUCGUCAAAUUGUUUUGCUGUAAAUGAAGAUCAAAAUAUGAAACGAGAUAGUCUACUAAUGGGUACAUUUCGUUUAUUCGGAAGUCAAAAUGCAUAUGUUGAAGUAAUGUGGAAAUAUAUGUUAUAUCGAUAUGGAUAUUUUGAAUCUGCAAAACGUUUUUGUGAACUUAUUAAAAUCAUGCUUGAUGAAAUAACACUAUCAUCAACUAUCAAUGACAAUAAUAAAGUUCACAAUGAUUUAUUAAAUAAGAUUACUGAAGAAACGGAACGAUCAUUGAUUAUUGAUCGUUGUCAAGAUAUUCCAUUAUGGGGCAAAACGGAAACUUGA